AUAUACCUGAAGGAUGAGCAGGUGAGGGAGGGUGCAAAAGGAAUGAAGUGGUAGGCAGGAGGGACAACAAGACGAGGGUGUUUCAGUCCAGCAUUGCUGGAGGGUGGGAUGCAGGGGUCAUUGUGGGGCAAGAUGAGAGUGUGCAGCUAGGCAAGGGCGAGGUUAUGAAGCAAUGUUUGUAUCCUUGAAAGGAGUUUUGCCUUUAUUUUAUGAGGAAUGAGAAUCUCCCAGGCCAUUCAUCAAAAGAGAGAUGAUCCUGGGGCUGACUUCAUGAUGCAGAGGGUUAAGCUGCCACUUGCAAUGCUGGCAUCUCAUAUCUGAGUGCUGGAUCAAGACUCUAUUUCUUCAUUUGCAAUCCUGCUUCCUGCUAAUGUGCCUGGGAGUCAGCAGAUGAUGAUUCAAGUACUUGGGCCCCUGCCACCCAUGUGGGAGACCCAGCUGCAGUCCCAGGCCCCAAGCUUUUGGUUGACCCACUCCCAGUCAUUGCAGCCAUUUGGAGAGUAAACCAGCAGAUGGAAGAUCUCUCUCUCUCUCUCUGCCUUUCAAAUAAAAUAAAUUAUCUUAAAAAGAUAGAUGGGCCAGUGCCGCGGCUCAAUAGGCUAAUCCUCCGCCUGUGGCAACGGCACACUGGAUUCUAGUCCCAGUUGUUCCUCUUCCAGUCCAGCUCUCUGCUGUGGCCCGGGAGGGCAGUGGAGGAUGGCCCAAGUGCUUGGGCCCUGCACCUGCAUGGGAGACCAGGAGAAGCACCUGGCUCCUGGCUUCGGAUCAGCGCAGUGCACAGGCCGCAGUGGCCCUUGGAGGGUGAACCAACGGUAAAGGAAGACCUUUCUCUCUGUCUGUCUGUCUCUCACUGUCCACUCUGCCUGUCCAAAAAAAAAAGAGAGAGAGAGAGAGAUGAUAAGAUUUUCAUUUAUGUUGAGGGAAAUAAGCUGGACACACACACAAAAAUACUGCGUGUUCUCCCUUUUAUGUAGAAGCUAAAAUUAAAAAAAAAAAUAAAAAAUAUAAGCCAAAAAGAGAAAUGCCUGUUUAUCAGUAUUGCUGCAAAUACAGUUUUGCAAAACUUUGUUUUAUAUCUUUGUGAAACCACUGGUUAAGCUACUAUAGUUUUAAUAAUCUGUGAUUAUUUUAAAAUUCACUGGAUAUGGGGGAAAUAGUCAUCUUUUCAUUUGAUUCUUGUUUAUAGCCAUUGCCUACAUGCCUGCUGAGCUAGGGUCUUUUCACUGUAUUCGCUGGAUCAUUAGGUCUUUGACUAUGAUGUAAUUUUAAAAUAAAAUAUCUCAAAAAAUAAAGACAGACAGCAAGGUAGAGAAACAGAGAGGGCAGAAGAGAAAUGUUAUAUUCUUAGAACUGUAUGUAUGAACUGUAUUGAAUCUUUCCUCUUUUUUUAAUAACACAUUAACAUUAGAAUUGAUGAUAAUUGUGUUGUAGUAAUUUACAUGCAUUUGCUGUGGCCCUAACAAUCUAUUAAUAAAGCCCUCUAAAAUGAAAAUAAAUAAAAAAUUUAAAAAUCCAUAGGAAAAAUGUUUUAUCUUAGAAUGCCACAAUGUGAAUGAAGCAUCUUUAAGGAGAAGGAUAUUAAGGCAGAAGACAAGAAGAGCAGAGAGGAUUUUUUAUAGUCCAAGUAAGGUAAGAUCUGUUUGGUCUAAGAUUGUGGUGUUGGGUUGAGGAGUCAAUGAAUCAGAGUGAGAUGAAGUAUGAAAUCUAUGACAGCUAUAUUGGAACUGAUGGUGAGAGAAGGAAUGAACGAGAAAAAGCUCACAUAUUUCUGAUCCUAGAUUCCUUUCACUGAAAUAUGAGAGAGUGGAGGAGGAGGUUGGGAGAGGGAAAAGUUGAGAUCAUGAGUUUCAUUUGGGAUCUCGAGCUUAUGGUGCCCAUGAGCCAUCCAUAGAAAAUAAUGGGAUAGAGUUCUCUGUGUCAGAAAGAUGUCUGCACCUGAUAUUUAAAUAGUAAUCUAAGACACUGAGUAGAAGGAUUUUUCUUGGGAGUAUUCAUACAAUUAAAAGAAAAAAAGGCUUGACGAACUUUAACAAGUAAGAAAGUGACAUGGGGCUGGCACCGUGGCACAGUGGGUUAAUAUUCUGAUUGCGGCACCAGUAUCCCAUGUGGGCGCCAGUUCUAGUCCCAGUUGCUCAUCUUUCAAUCUGGCUCUCUGCUAUGACCUGGGAAGGCAGUAGGGGAUGGCCCAAGUGCUUGGGUCCCUGCAUCCAUGUGGGAGACCCAGAACAGGCUCCUGGAUCCUGGAUCCUGGCGUCAGAUCAGGCGCAGCUCUGGCUGUUGUGGCCAUUUGGGAGUGAACCAUGGAUGGAAGCCCCUACACUCUGUCUCUCCCUCUCUCUGUAAUUCUACUUCUCAAAUAAAUAAAUAAAAUCUUUAAGAAAAAGAAAAAAAGUGACAGAACAGUAGCCAAUUAAAGUUACUGAGGAUAACCAACCAGGAAGAUAAAAGUAAUGUAUUUCAUGCCUCAGAAGAAAAUAGAAAAGAAUGUUUUAGAAAAGAUAGAAUGUUGUAAUUGUUAAUGAGAAGUAAAGAAAGUCACAAUUACAAGCCUAUUUUUUACAUGUAAGAUUAUUAUUAGGAGUUAAUAUUUAAUAUGUGCUGGACAAUUUGCAGAUUCCACAUAGUUCAUAGAUACAACUCUAUAAGGAUAUAAUCUGAUUAUAAAACAUUGGAGUGUAGAUAUUAUGUUCAUUGUGAUGAUGGUGAAAAAAUAAUUUUUUUCAGAAUACUUAACAGUCAGCGUACCAUAGAAACAAUCAAUCAAACUUCAACUUUUGAUGGACACUACUGCUUCUGCCUAAGGGCUCUAGCAAAACAGAGCAUGACUGGAAAGAACCAAACCACUGUCUCAGAGUUCCUCCUCCUAGGCCUGCCCAUCCAGCCACAGCACAAAACCCUCUUCUACAUCCUGUUCCUGGCCAUGUACCUGACCACCAUGCUGGGGAACCUCCUCAUCAUUGUCCUCAUUCACCUGGACUCUCAUCUCCACACGCCCAUGUAUUUGUUUCUCAGCAACUUGUCCCUCUCUGACCUCUGCUUCUCCUCUGUCACAAUGCCCAAAUUGCUGCAGAUCAUGCAGAGCCAAGUCCCAUCCAUCCCUUAUGCAGGAUGCCUGGCCCAAAUGUACUUCUACCUGUUUUUUGGAGACCUGGAGAGCUUCCUCCUUGUGGCCAUGGCCUACGACCGCUAUGUGGCCAUCUGCUUCCCCCUGCACUACACCAGCAUCAUGAGCCCCAAGCUCUGCUUCUGCCUGGCGGCGCUGUCCUGGGUGCUGACCACGUUCCAUGCCCUGCUGCACACCCUGCUCAUGGCCAGGCUGUCUUUCUGUGCAGAUAAUGUGAUCCCCCACUUUUUCUGUGAUAUGUCUGCUCUUCUGAAGUUGGCCUGCUCUGACACCCAUGUCAAUGAGUUGGUGAUAUUUGUCAUGGGUGGACUUGUUAUUGUCAUCCCCUUCCUACUCAUUAUCACAUCCUAUGCAAGGAUUGUGUUGUCUAUCAUCAAGGUUCCUUCUGCGCGGGGCAUCCGUAAGGCCUUCUCCACCUGUGGCUCCCACCUGUCUGUGGUGUCGCUGUUCUUUGGCACAAUUAUUGGUCUCUACCUAAUCCCAUCAGCCAAUAAUUCUACUGUGAAGGAGACUGUCACGGCAAUGAUGUACACUGUGGUGACUCCCAUGUUGAACCCCUUCAUCUAUAGCCUAAGGAACAGAGACAUGAAGGGAGCCUUGGGCAGAGUCAUUUGUAAAAAGAAAAUCCUCUUCUGCCUAUGAUGGCAGAACUAAAAUUUUUACAUAAUUUAUCUCAUACAUAUAUACAGAUACUAAUAUUGGAAUACUAUUCCAGACUCUUUACGUGAAUUUCUGUCAAAAUGGCACACCACAUAAUCAUUUAAUAUUAAGAAAGAAAAUGUAGCUGAGCAAUUUAACUAAGGGAGAGGAUCUUCAUGACCUGGCUGUCUCUUCCUCUUUAUCUUCCUCACCUGGAAAAGCAUAGUUUAAAAACUACUGGUUUGCUGGGUUGUGAUACAGCAGAUUAAGCCAACAACCUGCAGUGCUGGCAUCCCAUACAGGCACCAGCUUGAGUCCUGGUUGCUCCACUUCUGAUCCAGCUCCCGGCUAAUGUGCCGGGAAAGCAGUGGAGAAGAGCCCAAAUGCAGAGCCCACGGGGGCAUCCACAUGAGACAUCCAGAAGCUGCUCAUGGCCCCUGGCUUCAGCCUGGCCCAGUGCUGGCUGUUGCAGCCAUUUGGGGAGUGAACAAGUGGAUGGAAGAUCUCUCUGCCUGCCUGCCUGCCUGCCUCUCUCUCUCUCUCUCUAGCUCUGCCUUUC